CUAUACGAUACUUUGGAUUAUUACGUAUAAUUUUAUUAAUUAAAAAUGAAACAUAAGAUUGGUGAAGAUUUUAGCCAUUUUGCGAUUUAGUCAAAGUACGACGUAAAUCGUAUUAAAGAAAUAAACAAUUAAAAAACAUAAUUAAUACCAUAAAAGUGUUAGUUUUUCUUGUCUGGGAAUGAUUUAGCGAUGACGAUGUCUGAUGGAGUAGUCCACCCAUAUUAAUUAAUGAUGAAUUUGAAAGAAAAAAGUCUUCGCAAUGUUCAAAACUGUCGUGUGUAAAAGCUGUUGGCUUCAAGCGCGACGUGAUCGAUACGCAAUCGUUCUGCCGACUAUUUCCGAAGUUAUCCGUAAAGAAACGAAGGUAACCGAAUAUUAACGAAGUUGGUCGAGGUAGUAUAGUGAGCAAACGACGCGUACGGAAGAACGCGGGGUCUUCUCCGGCUUGGAUUGAAACAGCGUUCGCGUCUACGGGCGCGGUUUUGCGUCUCGAGCUGGCGUUUUACAUGGUAAAAUGUCCUCCCUCGAUUAUCUGGACUUGUGUCGAUUAUGUCUCGUGAAGGACCGUGUUUCGGUGCCAAUUUUCGAGGGUGAAGGAGACGUACGACAAAUAUUUCUCAAGAUCGCUGCCUGCCUACCGGUCAAGCUUACAAGAGAAGAUAAGUUACCUAAGAAGAUAUGCGAUGAUUGUGUGUAUAAAGUAGAAUUAUUUUAUCAAUUUUGGAAUACAACAGCAAACGCAGAAAAACAACUUUUGCAAUGGCUAGGAGAAGUCAGUUUAGAAGACAAACAGGGUUAUGUUACCAAUGUUCUCAAUCCGAGUGUAAUGAAACAAGAACAGAGUACAGAGAACAGGUUAGAUGGCAAUGUGAUGCAGCAAGUAGAGGAGCAUCAAAACAAUAUGGGGAUGGGUAUGAUGGAUAACAUGGGUUUGGGUAUUCCCAUGAUAAUAUCCAGUGCUAAUCAACAACAAAUCACCUCAGUUCCUAUGGACACCAGCAGCAAUUCUGUACAAACUAUUCAGGCAGUACCUGGUCCAAGUUCACAAACUACACAUAACCAAAUACCACAGAAUCAAACAAGCUCUACGCAACAAGAAGAUGAAGAGGAAAGUAGUGAAGAUGAAGAAAACUCUGACGAAGAAUGUGAUGGAGAUGAAGGCCUACCUGUAAAAGAAGAAAGUGAAGAAGAUCCCAGCAAUAGAACCAUAGAGCCUACUACUUUUGUAAAUGUUUCCUUGGCAUGUGACGAAGCAGGUCCUUCAGGACUGCAGCAACAGAAGAUCUCAGAUAUGCCUGAAAUGCCAAUUCCACAACCAACUGAUGGGGAUCCCAAAUCUGGGAUUCUAAACGGGGAUGGACGUUUUAUAUACGGGAAGGAAUCGAUUCCAAUGCAGCCUUGGCAAAUUGUCGACGUGGAAGGUUGCCUCUACUACGCCUUCCUUCCUACGAGUCAAACGCCGAGGCUCGGCAGUGAACGGGAGAGAACGACCGUCGCGAGACCGUCGGCGGACGACGACGACAGUCCGAGGAACAGCGAGGGGGAGGAGGCUUUCGUGAUCCCCGGCGAGGAGGAGAUGGGUGACAGCGGCGAUCUGUGCCCGAUCAAAAUAAAGAAAGAGGACAUGGACAUGGACGACAUGGCGUCAUCGUCGAACGAGGAGAAUUACGACGACGCGAAGGGAUACGCCUGCGAGGAGUGCAACAUCUGUUUCCCCGUGAUGCAGAUGUUGAAACGGCACAGGAACGCGGUCCACGAGCAGGCCCAACGUUACAAAUGCAAAGUUUGUUUCAAGAUAUGCCGUAGCCUGGUCGCGUUCAAGAUGCACGUGGCCCUUGAGCACAAGACCGAGGAGGAAGAGGUGAAAGAUUCGGAGAGUCUGACGUACGCGUGCAACUAUUGCAACUACGAGAGUACGAACAAGUCCACCCUUCAUUCCCACAUCAGUAGGAAACACUCGACGAAACGUAUCGGGAGGAGGAAAAGCAGUUACAGGUACGCGAGCGAGCCGGAGGAGUACUCGUGCGACGUGUGCGAGUUCAAGUGUCAGAAUCGGCGCAGAUUGAAGGAACACUUGGAGCGGAAACACGCGUCCGAGUACAAGUACGACUGCGAGUAUUGCGGGAAGAAGUUCAAGGUGAAGGGCGACAUGAGGCUUCACGUGCGUUUCAAGCACAAGGAGGGGCCUAUCGUGUGCGACGUGUGCGGGAAGACGUGCUCGAACAGCAAUUCCCUGUACGUUCAUCAGAAGUGGGCCCAUUUCAAACCAAAGUACGAGUGCGAGAUAUGCAAGAGGCGAAUGGUCACUCAGGAGAACCUCGACCAGCAUAUCUUACUGCAACACGAGAGGCGGGAGAGCUUCGUGUGCGAGGAGUGUGGAAAGUCGUUCACCGAGAAUCACAGAUUGAAGCAGCAUAUGAUGACUCAUACCGGGGACAGGCCUUACGAUUGCCACAUAUGCGGCAAAGCUUUCGCGCGUAGAACGGCUUACAGGCAACACUUGCUUAUCCACACCGGCAAACGGCCGUAUAUCUGUGAUAUCUGCGGUAAGACGUUCACGCAGAAGCCUGGCCUGAUUUGCCACCGGAAGUCGCACCCCGGCCUCGACACCCUCAACUCGCGUGGUAUCUUUAUCUACGACAAGGAGUCGGUGGUGAUGAAAAAGUGGCAGAUCCUGGAAUUCGAUGGGAAACCGUACUACGCGUUUGUACCUGAAGGCGACACGCCGUUGGCGGAGGAGGAUAUACCGGAGCAAGUGGACGAGGCAGGGAACGAGGAGGAGAAGCAGGAUCUGGUGAAGGUGGAAUGUCUGUACGACGAGGAGGAGUUGCAAUACGACUCGACCGACGAGAAGUUGUACGAGGAGGACGAUCUGUUGAACAGAAGCGGGGAGUUGAAGGAGGAGGACGACGUGAAACCGAUAAUAUUAAACGGUGGGAUCGAGGGGAUGGAUGCGAGCGACAAGGGGGCAAUCGGGGAUCUUUAUCAGGUGAAGGUUCAAGGCAGCAUGGUGACGAUAGAGAAGUUGACGUCGAGCGACGUGGAAGAGGCGAAGGAGGUGGUUGAGUAUCAGCAGGAGGAGCAGGAGGAGGAGGAGCAGGAGGCGUACAACGAUCAGGAGCAGGUGUUGGAGCAGGUUGAGCAGGUGGAGCAGGGGGAUCAGGAUCAGAUAGAGCAGAUAGAAUACCUGGAGGAGGAGAUACUCGAGUCGGCGAAUAACCACGUGACCCCCACGAAGACCCGCAGAAAGGUGUCGAGGGGGGCGGGGAACGCUCUCAAGUGCAAAGUGUGCUCGGAGAUGUUCAGCUCGGCGAUCUCGUUCAGGAAACACGUGGCGUGGACCCACAAGAAGAAGGUGUGCAUACAGGAGGAUGGCGCGUACAUAUGCGCCGUUUGCGACUACAGGACGCUGAAGAAGAGCCUGUUCGCGGCACACUUGGAGAGGAAGCACGAGACAUGGUCGAGGAAACGGCCCAACAACAUGCUGUUCCCGUGCGCCGCCUGCGGCUUCGUCUGCAGAUCCAAGCACUCGUUGCAGUCGCACUUCAUAAGGAAGCACACCGAUCGUUACGAGCACCAGUGCAAGUUUUGCCCGAAGAAGUUCAAGGUGAAGGGCGACCUGACCAACCACGUGCGGUUUCACCACAAGGAGAAACCGAUCAAUUGCGACGUGUGCGGUAAAUUGUGCCAGAACAGCGGCUCCCUUUACGUCCAUCAGAAGUGGGCGCAUUACAAGCCGAAAUACGAGUGUCAUAUAUGCAAGAGGCGCAUGGUCACCCAGGAGAAUCUCGAUCAGCAUUUGUUGACGCAACACGAGAAGAGGGAGAAGAUCGUGUGCGCCGAGUGCGGCAAGACGUUCACCAAGAAGGACUCGUUCAAGAGGCAUAUGGCGGUGCACACCGGGUGCAAGCCCCACUCCUGCCUGAUAUGCAACAAACCGUUCGCGAGGAGGUCACAGUUGCGCCAACAUUUGCUCAUCCACACGGGGAAGAGGCCGUUCGUCUGCGAUAUAUGCGGCAAGGCGUUCACGCAGAAGCCCGGCCUGAUCUGUCACAGGAAAACGCAUCCCGGCCCUCAUCCACCGUUGCCCGUAAUGCCGAUCGCGGACAUCGUGAAAGAGUUCACCGAAGGCUACGUGCAGGAGAUAAACGCGCGCGAGAACGAGGAGAGGAUCGAGGAGGAGGCAAUUUCGGAUCCUCUUAGCGAGGAAUUCAAGCCGGAACGAUCUCUCUCCCCGUUGGAUACGUUCCCUGAUGGAUACGUGAAUUGGAUCGGCAAAGAGAACUUCGAGAUAAUAUCCACGAAUCGGGAGGAAGGGGACAACGUGGAAUCUGUUCGCCCCGAUCGAGGGAAGAAGAAGGGCGUGGUGACUCGUCUGGAGUGCGACCAUUGUCGACGCAAGUUCCUCAAGAAGAGCAAUCUGGCCGAGCACUUGAAGAAGCACAAGCACAAGUGUCCCGAUUGCCCGAAGACUUUCAGGCUUCGCCGUUACCUGGCCUCCCACGUGGAGAAGAUCCAUCGACGCCAGGUGUACGAUUGCAGCGUAUGCGAGUACAAGAGCAACAACAAAGGUACCCUGAAGAACCACUACAUCCGUCUGCACACGAGCAACUACGAUUUCUCCUGCGACACGUGCGGCAAGCAAUUCAAGAUAAAGAAAGCGUUGAACCAUCACGUGAAGCAGAACCACAGCGACGCACCUCCUAUAGUGUGCGACGUGUGCGGCCACUUCAGCAAGAAUCUCCACGCUUUGAAGGCCCACAUGAAGUACAGGCAUUACAAGCCCGAGUUCGUAUGUCGAAUCUGCAGAAGAGGGAUGACCACCCGGGAGAAUCUGGAGCAACAUUUGACCUGGCACGAGACCAGGGAGAAGGUGUUGUGCCCCACUUGCGGAAAGAGGUUCAGAGGCCGGGAUCUGGACUCUCACAUGAGGGUGCACACCGGGGUGAAACCGUUCCCCUGCCCCGUGUGCGGCAAAUCGUUCAGAAGGCAGACUGCUCAGGAGCAGCACGUGCUCAUCCACACGGGGAAGAGGCCGUACGUUUGCGACAUUUGCGGCCAGGCUUUCGCUCAGAAACCCGGCUUGAUUUGUCACAGGAAACGCCAUCCUGGACCCUUGCCCCCUUUGCCUGUCGUUUCGAUAAAGAACAUCGUGACCGAUUCACCUGCAUCGGAUCCAUUGAACGGAAGCGAAGCGAAUCCCCUGGAAGAUGGUUGCGCCAUCAAGAUAGAGAGCUCGUACACGUUGGCGAGGAGAGAACGAAGAGAGAGGGGGAGGAAGAGGACGAGAUCGAGGAUCGACUCGUCUCCGCCGUGUUGGAAAACUAGGAGGCCCGUGGAAUUGAGGAGAGCAACAAUUCGGCCGAGGCAGGCCGGGUUGCUGUUCGAGUGCGACUUUUGCGGCAAACAGUUCGAGCGGAAGUCGUUGUUGGCGUCUCACAUGAAGCAGCACAGGCAUCGUUGCAAGACGUGCAGCCAAACGUUCAGAUUGAGGAAAGACUUGAAGCAGCACACGGAACAGGUUCACGGCCCGGUGCUGUACCCUUGCACCAUCUGCGAGUACAAGAGCAACAACAGGUGGACGUUGAAGGAUCAUUUCAUUCGAAAGCACACGAGCAGUUUCGACUACUCGUGCUCCGUGUGCGGGAAGCAAUUCAAGAUAAAGAACGACAUGGUGCAGCACGCGAAGCAAAUGCACAGCAACGCGCCUCCCAUCAUUUGCACGGUGUGCGGCCACGCGUGCAAGAGCGUCCCCUCUUUGAAGGCACACAUGAAGUACAGGCAUUACAAGCCCGCGUUCGAGUGCAGUUUGUGCAAACGUUGCAUGACCACUCAAUACAACCUUGACCAGCAUUUGCUGUGGCACGAGAAGAAGGAGAAGGUUGUGUGCCCGACCUGCGGCAAGACGUUCGGCCAGAAGAGGGAUUUGGACCUUCAUCUGAGGAUCCACGAGGGUAUCAGGCCGUUCUCCUGCCCGGUCUGCGGUAAAAAGUUCCCGAGGCGGACUGCCCAGGAGCAGCACAUACUGAUACACACAGGCCAGAGGCCGUACACUUGUGAUAUAUGCGGGCAGAAGUUCGCUCAGAAGCCGGGAUUGAUCUGCCACAGGAAGCGGCAUCCUGGACCCCUGCCACCCCUCCCUGUCAUCUCUAUCAGGAAGAUACACGUGUUCUUCAUCGACCCCUCUGUUUUCAGGACGCGAAGAAUAACCUCUCGAGCGAUUCACGAAUGCGUCAAAUGCGGGGCCUGUUUCUGCCACACGAGAAAACUGGUCGAGCAUCUGAAGAACCUGCACAACAUCGACAGGGCGUUCAGCUGCGACGAGUGCGGCAAAACGUUCAGGAGCCCGAUGAACAUAGCCCGCCACAAGUUGAUCCACACAGGCUCGAAGAGGUUCGCCUGCGACUUGUGCGACUACAGAUCGAACCAGAAGUCGAAUCUCGAGAGUCAUCGACGGAGGCACACCAAAGAUUACUCGUUCAGAUGCGGCCAGUGUCAGAAGGGAUUCUUCCUGAGGACGGAGUACGUGGAGCACGUGAACGUGCACACGAGAAAGGAGAUGUAUCGUUGCGACCACUGCACCAAAACCUAUCCGUACAAGAAGAACCUGACCCAUCACGUGAGGACCCGUCACGCCGAUAUUUUGCCGGCCGAGAUGGAGAGCGGCGCGAAACGGAAACACGUGUGCUCGAUCUGCCUCGAGGCUUUCACCCGGAAACGAUUCUUGGAAACCCAUUUGAGCCAGUUGCACGGAUUGCGCGAGAAAGCGGGUCAUCUGUGCGAUCUCUGCGGCGCCAUGCUCUCCUCCGGCAGAAGGUUGACGGUGCACAGGCGGCGCCACGUCAACGAGAAGGUGGCCAAGUGCGACGUGUGCGACAAACAGUUCGCGAGCAAGGAGAACCUGAGUGUUCAUCGGCGGGUGCACACGGGGGAAAAACCGUACGGUUGUUCCCAGUGUGGGAGGAGAUUCGCGCAGAGGACUUCUUUGAUCUUGCAUCUUAGGUAUCACUCGGGGGAGAGGCCGUAUCGAUGCGUGGACUGCGGAAAGGGAUUCGUAUCGGGAAGCUUUUUGAGGAAGCAUCGCAAGACGCACGAGAAAACUUCGUCGCAGCUCGAGUUGAAACGAGAUGUGAAAAUAGACGACAACUGGAGCAACGAGCACGACGAGUUUAGCAGCUGCGAAGAUUUCAGAAUCAAGAACGAGGAUGCCCUUUUCGAUCCUGAGCAGAAAUUCGAGGGAAACGAGAAAGUGUGCGAUCUGUGCCAGGAAAAGUUUCACUUCGUGACCAGAUUAGUGGCACAUCUGAGGAUCGUCCACGGUAUUCAUAGGCCCUUCAAGUGUCCCACUUGUGAAAAGACGUAUCCCCAACAAUUCAUGCUGAACGCUCACGUGAAAAAGUCGCACACCCCGAAAACUAUACCCUGUAAUCGGUGCAGUUUCAUGGGGGUGAAUGCCACCGAUGUGGAAAGGCACACGAAACGACACCAUCGAGCGGUGAAAUUCACGUGCGAAAUCUGCAGCGAGAACUUCGUGGACAAGGAUUCGUUGACGACUCACACGACCAUGCACAACUUCAUGCAAUUUCAACAGUGUAAUGCUUGUGGUACGACUUUCAAUGACGUGUACAGUCUGAAGGAGCACAAUCGUCUGUAUCACUACGACCCAGCCGCAUUGAUCCAAGAGAAAUUGGAAACGGACGAUCCCCGAACCGCAGAGCACAAAUGCGACGUUUGCGGCAAGGUUUACAAGUACAAAUCGGUUCUGAAGCAGCAUAAGGUGAAGGCUCACGGCGACAUGCCCAAUUACGAGAGGCGUAGAUAUUUAUGCGCGCUUUGCGGCAAAGAGCUAAAAACGGCGAAAGGCCUCGAGAUACACAAUCGAUCGCACACCGGGGAAAAGCCUUACACCUGCGAGGUAUGCGGCAAGUGUUUCGCGUGCGAGACCCUCCUCAGGACUCAUAACGUCACGCACACAGGCGAGAGAAAAUACUCUUGCGACCAGUGCGGCAAAGCUUUUACACAGAGGUCCACGUUGGUCGUUCACAAACGUUACCACACCGGUGAACGGCCAUACGUUUGUCCUAGGUGUGGGAAAGGUUUCGUGACGAGAACCGUUUUGAACACUCAUAUGAAAUCCUGUCGUUGAAACGGGAUGAGAGAAAGAGAGGGGGAUGGAUGGAAGAAGGGAGGGGGCUUCCAAUUAAGUAAGAUCGUUUCGGGUAAGACUGGGACUAUUUGUCGUUAAUUUUUAUAAAUGGUUAGUUUUUUAUGAUUCUGUGUAUGUUCUUUGAGAAGAUUGUCAGAACGUUAAGAAUUUUCGUGGUGAAAGAGUAUUUAAGUAUUUAAAUAUUUGGAUACUUUCAAUAGUCCCAGCCUUAAAUCGAGGUGUAUAUAUAAAUAUAUACACGUAUUUUUCUUUUUUUUUUUGAUUUUAAUGCAAUUCCAGUAUUAAAUUGUUCGUUAUAAAAAGUUUGUAUGUGAAAACUAUAUUACUAUUUCUAUCAUUUGUCGCAAAGUAUUGAAAGUAGUACGUAGAAUAAAAAAAUCAAUGCGUGACAAUAAUAGAAAAAUUCGAUAAAGCAGUUAAAUUUAUAUUGAAUUGAUGUUGUACAGCUCUUAAAAUACUAAAUUUAAUUCUCGAUACGUGUAUUCUCGAUAAGAAUAGCCGACAUCAGUCAAUCGCAUUUCUUCCAUUUCUUGUUUCUUAUUUCUUGGACAAGCGUUGGAUUGACACAGCUCGAUCGUUUAAUACUGGGACAUCCUUGUGCAAUUUAUGACCCUUGAGGUACUUUUAGAAAACCCUCGAGAAAUCAGGGCAACCCUUACGAAUAUAAUCGCCGUUCAAUCGUCGAGUGGAUUAACAUCGAAAUCGAUCGCUUGAAGGAGAUAUCUUUUUGUAAGUAAGUCCUAUUCAUAUAUUGACUAUGUAUCGUGUAUGUAUUGUUAUUUUUCGAGAAAAUAUGAAAUUUUUGGAAAAAAUCGACGAAAAUGAUGAUGCGUCUAAGACGUGAGAUUUUUUCUUUUUUUUUUCUUUUUUUAGAUACGUUUUAUAUAUCUUCGUUUUUAAUAAAUGUGCAGAGCUCGUAAUCUCUGCGAUUAUAAAGCCGUCCUUGACACUAGUAUUAAGAUGUAACUGAUCGUUGUAAAUUUAGUUGCAUCUGACAAAUAUGAUCGUGCUAUUCCGUAUAAACGUAAUUAAAAAGUAUAUAAUAAUUAAAGACUAAAACUAAGGAGAAAUAUGAUAAGUAAUUUUUCAUCUUUUUUUUCUGCAAAAAUAUUUUUGAGAU